GAUCCAAAUUAUUCCAACGGCUGCACCUCCUCCCUAACCAAUAGAGAUUGGGCGCAAAUAUCUCCAGCAGUCUUUCUCAAGAUCUGUGGGUGGGUCUUACGUUUGUCAGUUUCGUUCCUUAGCAAUUUACUCACUUUAACACACUGCAGCAAGGGUGACAGGAGCAAAAGCGGAAAAAGACGGGGAAGGAUUUCAAGCACAACAGUGAUCAGAGCGAUGGCGGCCAUCAGGAAGAAGCUGGUGAUCGUGGGGGAUGGCGCGUGCGGGAAGACCUGCCUGCUCAUCGUCUUCAGUAAAGACCAGUUCCCCGAGGUCUACGUGCCCACCGUGUUCGAGAACUACAUCGCCGACAUCGAGGUGGACGGCAAGCAGGUGGAGCUGGCGCUCUGGGACACGGCCGGCCAGGAGGACUACGACCGGCUGCGGCCGCUGUCCUACCCCGACACCGACGUCAUCCUCAUGUGCUUCUCCAUCGACAGCCCCGACAGCUUAGAAAACAUUCCGGAGAAGUGGACCCCGGAGGUGAAGCACUUCUGCCCCAACGUUCCGAUCAUCCUGGUGGGGAACAAGAAGGACCUGAGGAACGAUGAGCACACUCGGAGGGAGCUGGCCAAGAUGAAGCAGGAGCCGGUGAAGCCCGAGGAGGGCCGGGACAUGGCCAACCGCAUCAGCGCCUUCGGCUACCUGGAGUGCUCGGCCAAGACCAAGGACGGCGUGCGGGAGGUGUUCGAGAUGGCCACCAGGGCGGCGCUGCAGGUGCGCAAGCGCAAGAAGAGGAGCGGCUGCCUGCUGCUGUGAGGGAGAGAGGGGGCGGAGCCAACCACAGACCACCCAGACGAGCAACCUUCGACCAAACGCCAUCUUUGUACUGUACCUCACAUUCUGCGCCGGCAAGAAGAGAGUAGCGUAUGCCAACACACACACACACACACACACACACACGCGAAUGACGACAAAAGACUGGGUUCUAACACGGAUUAGAAAUGGACAUUUAUAGCCUACUGUAUUGCGUUCCUUUUAUUUCUGCCACCUUGGGUCUUUCUGUUAGUUUUUUUUUCUUUUCUUUUUCGCACAUAUCUUCCUGCUCCAAUAAUGAGAAAAGGCUAAUAUAUGUAUGUAUGUAUGUAUGAUGUAUGUAUGUUUUUUAUGUAUGUGCAUAUAUUUAGCCCGCCCCACCCCACUCUGCAGCUCCGCCCUGUGUCCCAUAGUCCACCUGACACAUGCAGGGACAGCCACAUUGAUUCACCCGAACUCAUCUUCCCUGAUGAUGUACGCAAUGAUUUAUACAGAAUGGGCCUAUCACCAUCCAGCUGCAUGUUGUACCUGCAGCACACGCGCACCUGCAGGGGUUUCCAUUUUAAUUGGGGGGGGGGGGUCCGUUUGCUUUGAAGGAUUCAUGAAGCAGUUUACACUCUGAUAGGGGUCUCUAGUUUGAGGUCAAGUGAAAGCAAGAAGGGCUUGGGAUUGGUGGAUUUUGGCACACCCCCGUUUCCGCUCAGCCGCCAUUGGUUCCCUGCCUGUGAUGGUGUGCUUGAUUGGUCCAGGCCAUGCCCAUAUCCGGGGAGAAAGGUGGGUCACAGUUAAGGACGUGUGCAGAGCCCUGACUCUCCACUCGCAUGCUGCAGAGCCAAGAGAUCAUCCUCUCCGUUUGAGUGACAUCCGUCCCUUACACCCUUUAAGGAGUGAGGUCACAAACCUGUGAUUAGAAUGUUCUCAACUGAACAUUCUAAUGCUGUGAUGUCACAGUCGCUACCGGUAACUGAAAGCAGUGGAGUUCUAGAACACUGACUUAGAAUUUAUAAAAACAUUCCAAAAAAUCCUACCCCUCAAAGGGUUAAACCACAAACGAAACUGUGACUCCGCUCCGGUUCUGUCCCCCUGUCUGACCCCCUGCGGCUCUGGUUCUGUCCCUCGCCUGACCCCCCUGCUGUCUACAGAGUCCUUGAGUACCAGACACAGUCGCGUUUCCUUACCCUCGGCCCGAUGCGGUUGAGGUGUGAUGUGCAGACUAGAUUGGACCGCAUUUGAAGGCUACCCUGACUGAAUCAGACCCGCUCGUACGUGUGACUGACCGGACAGAACCGCCCAGAGAAGGAGAGAGCCUCUGAAGACCUGCGAAGAGCGGCUGGGGAACCGAAGGGACGGGGCGUUCGGUAAUGUAGGCUCUGACGCCCAAUGAGGCCCCCUGGUGGCGGGAAAUGGGAACGGCGGCUCUCCACGCAGCAUUGAUCUGUUUGUGGAGGGUUAGUCACCACGCAGGCCGCAGGUUAAGCACGCCGAUCGAUGGGGUCUGAUUGGCUAACGGCCGUUUCGCCCAGCUCGCCCGACCGUCUGCCACCCAGAUACAUUAGAGAGAGAGAGAGAGAGAGAGAGAGAGAGAGAGAGAGAGAACCUGCCUAAAGGAGGGUCAAGCAGGGGGCUGUGAGGUUGCAGAGCCCUGGAGAGACCGGCUGCCCUUACCCAGUCCCCCCCCGCCCCCCCCCCCAUAAGGGGAAGUGUGCUCUGAUCCUAGGUCCUCUGAGCCAGCUCCACUUAUUCCCCGAACCCUUCUGUGAAAAGCCUGCACUAACCCAGGGGCAUGGAUGUGUACACAACAGGAGUCCCUGCAGGUGCCUAUCGGUGCCUUCCUGGGGGUGCGGUCUUUCGGGUGAUGAUUGGCUGGUGACCCUGGGGGUGUGGCCUUUUUGGCGAUGAUUGGCUGGUGCCCCUGGGGGUGUGGCCUUUUGAGCGAUGAUUGGCUGGUGCCCCUGUGGGUGUGGUCUUUCGGGCGAUGAUUGGCUGGUGCCCCUGGGGGUGCGUUUAUUGCUUGCUUACGCCGCAGAUGUUCCUGUCAAUCAAUACCUCCAAUCGGGAGAGAGAUGGCUCGGGUGUCUGGAUGUGUGACUCAAAAUGACCCCAGUCCAAGGUGUACAGGCCACGCUCGGCGAGAGAAACCGAGCUUCCUGGGGCGGAAAGGCCGUCGCUAAUGGACAGAGGCAACCGGUCAGCGUUUAAUGAAACACAGCAGUCAAGGCCAUCAAUCAAAAUGAUUGGCAGCGGUUAACCCCACCCAUUCAUCAAAGGCAGUACUGAUGGAACUUCAGGUUGAAAGUUUUGAGCCUACAAGGCCUUAAAUCUUUUUUAUUGCAUUUUAUUUGCCCCCCCCCCCCCCCUCCCCUACACGCACACAUACACACACACACACACACAAACAUCAUUCUCAUAGCUUCUGAUUUGCUUUCUCUUAUACUGACUGAAUUCUUUUUUUCUUUCUUGUGGUCAGGUGGAACCUUUCUGUUUGGUUAAAGUGAGUGGGGGGGGGGAGAGUUGGAAAGGUGACACACUUCACUCUUCUGUUUGUGGCUCAUUUGGACUGGAGAAUAAACUGUCUGCCCUCUCAGCCCAGUUAAGUAAGAGAUUGAGCUUCGUACUGCUGACAAGCAGGCCGCUCAGGAGGCCCCAAGAAUCCCCAGGGUCAAUUUUCUCACAGCCCCGCGACCAUUGGCCUCUCGCUGGGGUUGAAAUUCCCUCGAGGCCCCCAGACGGACUCCUGAAAUCCCUUUCUGAAUUUGAAAAGGUUAUCGGCAUCCAAAUAAGGCUUUGCUGCUUAGUCUGUUUGCGUUAAAUGUUAAGAAGGCCGAAAUGGAGAGAUUUCCUCGGAUCGCGGAAUCAAUCGAUGCAUUGCAGGACGUUCGCUGGCUGCUAAUUUUGCGCUUCGCCUCACGGUCGUUUGCUGCCACGGCCGCCCCUCAUGUCCGCACAGGAGCCCAUCUGAAAUGGGACUUUAUUAAAGCCUUUGGAAUGGUUGGAAUUUCCAGCCUGUUUGGUAUUAAACUGCCCCAUUCCUCUCUUUUAAAAAAAAUUAUAAAAAUUUAGCAUAGUGCCAUUUAUGUAACCUUUCUCUUGCCGUUCUACGCUAAUAACUGAACUGCAAGUGUCGUACCGACUGGCUCUUGAUUUGAUUUCCCUUUUGUUUUUCAUUGCUGUUUUAUAGCAUUUAAAUAAUUUAGCCAAGAGAGACUCACUCAAAAACCCUUCAGUAUUCAUGUCUGAUGUCACCGUUCUCUUCUCUGUUCAGCAGCUCUAAUAGAGGCACUGGUAACGUUGUAGUUAGUGGGUAGCGCGAUGUACUGACUGGUUGACUUGUACCAAGAUUUGCAGACUGACUGAUGCAGUAACAGUGUGGUGAUGUUGAUGUUAUGGGAUGGCUUGCAGCAGACAGGUGUGAAGACACCUGGAGUUUUUUUUGGAAGUCUUUCAAGAUGUUAUCUGGUUUACUGUGCUACAAAGACGUCCUAGGUAGAAUGUCCUUAGAUUGAACAUCCUCUCUCAGUCUGUUCAGACCUGCAGUUGUUUACCGUCACACUGGGAUCCUGUAGUCUGCUUGUUUGGACCAACGUGCCCAGGUCACCGUAGCUGAUGUGUGAAGAGAUAGUCGGCAGGGAAAGGUAUUACUCAAGCAGACCACAAGGGGGAGACAAAUCAAUAUUUAGAAGUUGUGGGCCACAGUUUCAGUUUCGACCUUUGUGUACACACCUGACAUUCAUUUCGUUUUUACACCCGCAUAAAUAAGAUGCAGCCCUGUGUAAUCCUGGGUGGAGAGGGGAAACGCCCUCUUUUUGGGGCUGCUGACGGCUGGAGCUUGGAGGAAGGCGGGUCGAGCACAUAGAUCAGAACACAGUGCCGUUUCAUGGCUGCAGUCCACCAAAUGAAGUGUUUUUUACACCUCUUAAGAAUAAAAACGAGACUUGGAGCUUAAUUGUGUCCAUUUUCCAAAGUAGAAUAUAAUCCAAAAUAUAAGGACUGUAAUAGUCAGUAAGAUGGAGUCAGACUGUAAUAGUAAGAUGGAGUCAGACUGUAAUAGUCAGUAAGAUGGAGGUUUCAUGAACACCACCUUCAGUGGAGCGGCAGGCAUCUGUCCAUCUGUGACCCGUUUGUGCAAAAUAAAAAGGCUUUGCUGUCCGUGGCAAAGCCCGAUGAAUUUAGAAUAUCAGCGAGAGAGCGACACUAUGGGGCUGCAGCACUGAAGCCUCACUCUCCCACCACUCCCGUUUGGUCGAGCCGGAAGUGAACACCAAACUGGCACGUGCAGAGUGACUGGACUGGAACGGAAGAUUGGGGGGGUUGUGACUGGACACAGGACCGGGGGGUGGGGGGGGGGUGAAGGAGUUUGGAAGCUCCAAGACCAGUUUUACCGGCACAGUAUUACACAGAACCACAGCUCUCGCACAAGGCAUCCGUCACAUCCCGCGCAAGCAGAAGGGCCAGCAAAGCAAGGCAUUCUGGGACAAAAACAAAUAUGGCCAAUCUCCAGUGGAGCAUGUAUACAGUACUAAAGUUUUUUUUUUUUUUGUGAGAAUCCCAUUAAUGUCUAAGAUGCACAAGAUCUGUACUUCUGAUCUAUAUAUGAACAUUCCUCUGUAUCUUUCACCGUCUGCAUGGGCAAGUCAUGGAUCCUAAAGGCCUUCCUGCUGGCCCUGCAGCCCUUGGGAACCUGCUCCCACUCAGUGUCUUUUACUUUUCUUUCCUUUUCUUUUCCAGAACGAUUUAAGACUGCUACAGUAAUCCAGAUUUCUAUAAACGCUGAUUGUCAUAAUGCUUUGUAAACAGGAUAUAAUAGUGUUACAGUGAGUGUUCAGAUAAAGUGAACAUGACCAAUGUUAAUAAACUAUUUUUUGAAACUUGA